CCCUGAAGUGACACCGCGGAAGGGGAGAAUGGGAGGAGACGGCGGCGUAGGCUGGCCGGUGUUCGGUUUCACCAGCUCACACGUGACCGCAAUGGCUGCUUGUCUGUUCCGUGCAGUGCAUCAUUCCUCUGCCGCCCUGCGAAUGUAGGCUACAUCAGUUCUCUCGCUUCUUUGAACUGUCGGUGCGGACACUUACCAUCCGCCGAAACGAAAUUCCUCUACACGUUCAGCCGAACAGCUCACCGGCUGUGAAGAACGACAUUCGGGAGAGACAUUCAAGCGUCUCUUGGUUCAACUUCCACCAACCAACACGGCGGUAGGAGGAGUCAACAGGUGUUUCUCUCUGGCGUGGUGCUGUUCCUGUGACUGUCUGAAGAGAUUUAAGACAGGGAAAUCCAGCAGCAGGUCACCGUGCUGGACUGACUCGCUCUGACAGGUUUGAACCGAGGGCAUUUUGUGACCUCUGGAGCACGGCAUCUCGAUUCCUCUUGCGUCACAUCGUCCAAGUCAGUCCUCCUGAAAUCUGGUGGAUUGGAGUGAGCUCAGGUCCUUGUGAAGAGUCAAACCACUCCCCUGCUGCUACAUAACAUCUCUGUCAAACAGUGCUGGAAUAUACCGCCUCACACACUACUAUUCCAAGAGAACAUUGGGAUUGUACCCAGAGAGUUACAUAACACCAAAACAAAGAGCAGUUUACCUGUGAGCCGUACACUGUGAUCGAAUGGCGUCAUAACCACUCGUACGCACCCUGGAUCAUCAGUCAUUAACCUGUCUCUGUCUUACAGCCACAAUAGUAAGCGCCCACACGGACAAUCGCAGACAAAGCUCUCCUAGUUGGAUUACCAAAAGUAGCUCAUGAUGGGAAAGUAGACAUCCGGCAUCACGGAUAGCCUGCACAGAGGUCUGGGACUCAGUGUUGUAUCUGAGCGUGCAAUGUCUGGAAACGGCAACCCCUGCCCCAGCCCCGGAGGGUUGGGCACCCCUUUAGGGGGCUUCCCUAUGCCGCACUACCCUUACUUCUUUCCUCAUAUGCUAGGAGGGCUCUCCCCUCCAGCACUUCCAGGACUUCCUGUCAGUGGAUACAGCACUCCAUCUCCUGCAAGAAAUAGAGGCAGACGUUUGCCCACUGGCUCAGCAACAGUGCACGUGUAUUGUGAAAGAGCUGUGGAGACCCAGAGCACAAGCUCGGAGGAGAUCGUCCCCAGCCCACCCUCUCCACCACCUCCCCCACGGGUCUACAAGCCCUGUUUCGUCUGCCAGGACAAGUCCUCGGGCUACCACUAUGGAGUCAGCGCAUGUGAAGGGUGCAAGGGCUUUUUCCGAAGGAGCAUUCAGAAGAACAUGGUGUACACCUGCCACAGAGAGAAGAGCUGUAUCAUUAACAAGGUCACACGAAACCGCUGCCAGUACUGCCGACUGCAGAAGUGCCUGGAAGUGGGCAUGUCUAAAGAAUCAGUUCGAAAUGACCGUAACAAGAGGAAGAAGGACGAGAAGAAGCAGGAAUGUUCAGAGAGUUACGUUUUAAGUCCUGAUACAGAGCAGAUGAUCGAGCGGGUGAGGAAGGCCCAUCAGGAAACCUUCCCCUCCCUCUGUCAACUGGGAAAAUACACCACGAACAACAGUGCAGACCACCGGGUCUCUCUGGACGUUGACCUGUGGGACAAGUUCAGCGAGCUCUCUACCAAAUGCAUCAUUAAAACAGUCGAGUUCGCCAAGCAGCUGCCCGGCUUCACCACACUCACUAUCGCAGAUCAGAUCACUCUCUUAAAGGCCGCCUGUCUUGACAUUCUGAUUCUGCGAAUAUGUACACGCUACACACCGGAUCAGGACACCAUGACAUUUUCAGAUGGUCUGACACUGAAUCGCACGCAGAUGCACAACGCCGGCUUCGGUCCGUUGACGGAUCUGGUAUUUGCUUUCGCCAACCAGCUCCUGCCUCUGGAGAUGGAUGAUGCAGAGACUGGGCUUCUCAGCGCCAUCUGUCUGCUGUGUGGAGAUCGGCAGGAUCUGGAGCAGUCGGAUAAGGUAGAUGUGCUUCAGGAGCCGCUGCUGGAGGCCCUAAAGAUCUACGUGAGGAAGAGGAGACCUCAUAAACCACACAUGUUCCCCAAGAUGCUGAUGAAGAUCACAGACCUCAGGAGCAUCAGCGCUAAAGGAGCGGAACGGGUAAUAACGCUGAAAAUGGAGAUCCCUGGCUCCAUGCCUCCACUCAUUCAGGAGAUGCUGGAGAAUUCAGAGGGCCUGGAAGGAGGUAGCGGGGCGAGAGGCGGAGGAGGAGCCCCACCAGGAAGCUGCAGCCCCAGUUUGUCUCCCAGCUCGGCACACAGCAGCCCCUCAGCUCACUCCCCCUGACUCUCACCUCCAGACAGGGCUCCGUACAGAACGAAACUGGUUAAAAACCAGAAAUAAGCCACAGCAGACCAGCGCCAGAGACCAGAAUUCCGGUAGACUUUGAUCCGGGGUGACCGGACCCGAUUCUAACAAUAAAUCUGGCCGGCUUUCAUUAGCUGAAGACCAAUUGAGUUACACACAGGCCGAGCCUGAUCAAAACUCACAGUCAUUAAAACCCACCAGUGAUUCAGUGACAAGCUUUUCAUGUGGCGGUGGUUCACGAAGACAGCAGAACAAAUGCCCUGUGUGUGCCGAAGCAGCUCUUUACUGUGUCUUCCCGGCUCUGCUCCCAUCACAGACUGUGAAGGCCCAGGGAAGCUCUCUUCCUCGUCCAAGAGAUGCGUUCUCUCGGCCUGUGAUGCUAUUUUAUAAACUUCAAUCCCUUAAAGCAAGCUAAAGGACAUUAGGACGUCAAAUGUCCGCAAGUCAGGGACAUUUUGAACUUUCCAGCUGUUUUGGUUCUGUUUCUUUGUUUUCUUACAAAAGAUAUAUGAAUAUAUGAAAUCUAUAUUGACAGAAAUAUGAGAUUUGAAUUUGUCUUAGGUGGAAUGCAGAACAAUUCUUAAUUUUUCUCUCACUUUUCUCAAGAGUUGAACACGAUUAUGGUCGACCCACUGUUGCGCUCACUCCAAGAUUCACAUCAAGCUCAAGGGCACGUCACACUAGCACUGAAAAUGAUGCGUGUACUUCAAGACGUGAAGUACAGUGGGAUUAAAAUGCAAUUUUGUCCAGAUGAUUUGGAGAUAUAUUAGACUUCAUCAGAAUGAUCAACUUGGCAGUUUGUGGCAAUGAAAUGAAGUAUGUAAACAAGCAGCUUGUGAUUAAGAUGUGUAUGAGAUCUCUUUUAAAGGAGCGGUAAAUGCCUUCUUGUAGCUUUUUAAUAUUGUUUAAUUUACUUUUGAUUUUGUAAUUGUCAACUGUCGAAAGACACGGAUACCCCCUUCUACACAGUAUUAUCAGAUUCUAAAAUAAAAAAGGAGAUUUCCAAACAUAAUGACUCACAGACAAAGAACACAAGAUGUAUUUUUUAGCUAAACGCUCAUGUGAAAACCAACACAUCAUUUCACAAGUAUUGAGAAUGUUGUAACUGAGCAUUUCACACGGAACUUCACGCCUUUUUUUUUCCCCCCUGCAUCUCAAAUUUGAAGCCGUUAGUGGUAGGUUUGUGUUCAAUCAUCUGUCACGUGUGCUGAGAUGCUUCCACCACCUCCUCCUCUGUACUUUACAACAUCACUGCCUCUGCUCUCCUGCAACAAUCAUUGAACAAUUGUCAACAACAACACUGCCUCUGUGUGACAAUCACUUUCAGUAAAGCUCACAAACAACUCUGCCUCUGUAACACACUGAUCCCUGCCAGACAUCUGGAUUCAUGAGACCGCUAGCAUUCACCGAUGUGUGUACACAUCUGUCCCCAUAUCUGAACAUUUAUUAGGCCUAAAAAACAUCAAACAUGGACUAAAUUCACAAUUCUAAGCUUAGUUGUCUAGAAAUUCUAUAUUAUAGUAAGACAUUCUUGUAUUUGCGUGGUAAUUUCUAAAACAUUAUAAUUCUUUUGUUUUAAAUUAAAUGAGUUUAUCUAAAUUGUCUUUAUUGCCAAAAGUGAAAUCUAUUAGGUUUUUAAACAGUUCAAACAAAAAUAAAAUGUAUUUACUAAACUCAUUUUGUUCCAAACUUAAAGAUGUUUUAAAAAACUUUUUUCCCCCAAUACCAUGGAAGUCAUUGGGGUCCAAUGUGGUUUUGAUCCCCAUUUGAUUAUUGUUAUAUAAAAAAAGACAAUUCGUUCUUCAAAAUAUCUUUGAGUUCUGCACAAGAAAGAAAUCGACAGGUUUAGAACAAUGUGUGGGUGAGUAAAUGACACAAUUUUCAUUUUUGGCAGAACAAUCCCUUUGAAUAAAAACAAUAGAUGAACUGGACCAAUUAAAUGAAAGGGCAUCUCAAUGUGAUUCAGUUCUGGUGGAUCAGUGUCAGCAUAUCAUUAUUGUACCAGUUUACAACAGCUCUGCCUCUGCAUCACGUCUGCUGAACCCGUCUGCUGAACCUUUGGCCAGUGCGGUGGGCCGAAAUGACUUCCUCCUUAACAUGUUCUGCUGAGAGUGGAGUCUGAACCGUUUCACUGCAACUAUGCACACGACAUGCACAGAGCUUGAGUCUAUUCACUUCUCUACCUGUUGUGAAAAUCACAAGCCUCUUCCAGUUGCUCAGUACUGUCCGUUUCAUUUGAUUCUGCAUUCAGUCGCUGCCCAAAGGUUCAUCGCUAUUGAGCCAUACUGCGUCACAGAGCGCGACGGGCCUCUUUUCUCACUCAAAGGAUGACAAACCGAGAUCUACACGACGUACAGCACAAACCCUGUACUGCUUUAACAGUUGUUAUACAGUCAAACGCACAAAAAUGUUUCUGUUGUGUCAGGUCCCUGGAUGAUAAGAGUAAUCUUUAAUAAAGACUUCUGUUUUGUGUGUGUUUCUGA